AAUGUUUCCUUCGAAACGAAUAAUAUAGUUCUUAUUGCUCUUGUAGCAAGCAAUCACUCUAUUCGCUAUUCAAAAUGGCGACCGUGUGGCGUUCACAGAGAGCAUUUGCACGUUUUUUCGCUGGAAAAACCGUUCGGAUCCUGAACAACGCUUCUGAUUUGGGUGCAAAAUUAACACCAGCGUCGAUAUCGGUUUCCAGUACUCAAAACUAUUCAAAUUACGCGAAAUCUCCAUUUGUUAAAAGAAUCAAAGAACAAUAUGAAUUUGAUAUUGUAAAAAAUCCUCCUGAAUGGGCAUAUGUGGAAAGACUUAUGCCUUUUGAAAGUAUUCCCAAUGUUACACCAAAAGAGACAUAUCCUUCUGGAUGGAUACCACCAAAAGAGGAAGCAAAAAAUUUACCAUAUUUUAUUGCAAGAACUAGAAACCAUCAAAUGCCAAUAUAUUUAGAUUUAUCAAUGAAAGGCACGAGGAAAAUAUCGCUCAUUAGAAGGAUUGAAGGUGAUAUUUGGUUGCUAAACGACUUAAUCAAAGAACACUUGCAAAAAACUCAAAAACGUUACGUUGAAACAAGGGUGCAUGAAUUAGGAAGAUUUAUAGAAGUUAAAGGCGAUUUCGUAACCACUCUACGUGAUUGGGCUUAUGCUCAAGGGUUUUAAAUUAAAAAUGUUAUCCCACAGUUAGUAAUAAAAUAUGAAACCAA